AUGAACUUAAUUAUGAUUAUAAUUACCAUCUCCGCUGUCCUAUCUACUAUCCUAGCACUCGUGUCAUUCUGACUCCCCCAAAUAAGCCCCGACCACGAAAAACUCUCCCCAUACGAAUGCGGCUUUGACCCUCUCGGCUCAGCACGACUGCCUUUUUCAAUACGAUUUUUCCUCGUCGCCAUCCUCUUUCUUCUAUUUGACCUGGAAAUCGCCCUUCUCCUCCCCCUUCCCUGAGGAGACCAGCUAUCGUCCCCACUAACCACCUUUUUAUGGGCCGCCUUGGUCUUAGCGCUUCUCACACUAGGACUAAUUUAUGAAUGAAUUCAAGGAGGCUUAGAAUGAGCUGAAU